AUGGUCAAACUGUUCAUAACCGGAGCCACAGGCUACAUUGGUGGGGAUUUCCUGUACACAAUCUCCCAGGCGCAUUCUGAAUAUGCCGUUUCCGUGCUUGUUCGUCGUGAGGAGACCAUCUCGAGGAUCAGGAAAUCGUACCCCAGUGUCGAGAUUGUGGAGGGAGACCUGGACGAUGGGGAGAGAUUAGCAGCAGCAGCUGCUGAGGCCGAUGUUGUCUUGAAUCUCGCAGCUACGAAUCACCUAGCAGGCUUCAAGGCUCUGCACAGUGGUGCUUCGAAGAGGAAACUUGCCCACUUCAUUCAAAUCUCUGGAGCUACAAUGGUUUCCCAAGACGAGAUCAAAUCUGGUAACUUUGGCGACGCUUCACCUCACCAAUACGACGACCUCAGCGAUCAGGAAGAGCUCCGUCAGAUCAUCCGCAAGCACGAGAAUCGACUCGUAGACAACCAGUUCUUAGACUUUGCGGAGCGAUCAUCUUCGGUCAAAAGUGCUCUGGUUAUACCAUCUUUGAUCUACGGCCGAGGCCGUGGCCCGAUCAAUCAGCGCAGUAUUCAGGUGCCGGAACUGGCACGGAUAGCUCUUGAGAAAAAGCACGCGGUACAGAUUGGUGCCGGCGAGAACAUCUGGAGCAACAUACACAUCUCCGAUCUGAGCUCCAUGUUGCUCAAGCUCGUAGAGAAUGCUGUCUCUCAGGCCACUGAUGACCAAGCAUGGGGGCCGAAUGGAAUGUUUUUCGCUCGCUCAAAUCCAGGCAUCAGUUUUGGCCAAAUCGCGAGGCUGAUCUCAGACGCUGCGCAAAAGGAAGGGCUGUUCUCGGACUCGCAGAUUGAGAAAAUCACGGCUGCAGAAGCAGAUGGUCUGUCGCCACAUGCUUCAGCUAUUGUGGGAACGAAUGCGAGGACUUUGAGCAAGAAGGCACAGCAGGUUUUGGGCUGGAGUGCUAGUGGUUCUGGGCUCGAGGAUGAGGUUUCUGCUACUGUCGUAGAGGAGGCCAGACGACUGCAGACGAGAUCGUAG